AUGCAAGUGUUUCUAAUAAUUGUGUGGGUUUUUGCCGUUUCGGCCGAGUUCGUUCAUGACUUGGCCCAUAUCGAGGACUUUAUCCAACAGAAGAGAUACCUAUUGAAGAAGAAGUAUCGGCCUAUGUAUCACAUAUCGGCGCCUGUUGGCUGGCUUAACGACCCGAAUGGAUUUAUUUACUUCAAGAGACAGUAUCAUAUAUUCUACCAGUAUCAUCCAUACAACGGUGCUUGGGGUCCAAUCCAUUGGGGCCACGUGAUCAGCGAUAACCUCGUCGAUUGGGCGUUCUAUCCUCCUGCACUGGUGCCCAAAGAUCAUUACGACAGACAUGGCUGUUUAUCUGGCUCCGCUGUAGUUCACAACAGCUAUUUGACUUUAUUCUAUACUGGAAACCUACUUAUUAAUAACAAGACCUUCCAAAGUCAGAAUGUCGCUAUAAGCGCUGAUGGCAUCAUCUUCCAGAAAUAUUUAUACAAUCCAGUUAUACGUGAAGGACCUUACGGCAGUGUAGAGUUCAGGAAUCCAAAAGUAUGGCGAUUCAGGAAUUCCUGGUACAUGCUCAUUGGUACUUCGAGGAUGCAAGAGGCAUAUCUACUUCUAUAUACUUCACCUGAUCUGUUCAACUGGAGAUUAAAUGGUACUAUAGCUAAGUCAUACGGUGAUAUGGGAUACAUGUGGGAGAGUCCAGACUUCUUUGAAAUUGACGGAUUUCAUGUUCUAAUUCUAUCAGUUCAAGGCAUACAAAGCGACUCCUAUAGGUUCCGGAAUUUGUACCAAACUGGAUAUGUAGUGGGAACGUUUAAUUACAAUAGUUUACAGUUCGAGGACUUGGAAAUUUCAACAGCAACCUUCAAUGAACUCGAUUAUGGACACGAUUUUUAUGCAGCAAAAACAAUGCAAAGCUUGGACGGAAGAAGGCUGUUGGUGGCUUGGCUAGGCAUGUGGGACAGUGAAUAUGAGGAAUCCAAUGCUGGCUGGGCGAGCAUGUUGACCAUAGUGAGGGAGUUAAAGUUGUCAACUCAAGGAAGAAUAUUAAUGACUCCAGUAAGAGAAGUUAUAGAAUUGCGAACUGAAGUAAUGGAAGACGCGUGGUACAGUCCUGGGGAGGCGUUCCUUGCUGGUACCAGGGCUUUUGAGAUGAUAAUUAACUCUAGUACGGUUAUAUACGAUGCGGCAGUUGUUUUGGAGUGGAGUGGUGACCGACAAUAUACUAUAAUGUAUUCUGCAGAGCACGGGGACGUGAGCGUGGACCGGGGAGGUGUAGACGGAGUCCGAAAAGCAGAUUGGAGACCAUUGACCCAUAUUCAUUGGCGAGUUUUUGUUGACUACAGUUCUAUAGAAGUGUUCUGUGUUGAAGCUGGAAGCUUCCAGUUGGAGCUUCGAAACUGGUUCGCCAUGUUGGAAACCGUGCAGGACGUAAAUGAUGCCUGGUACGUGUCGCCCGCGAAGUGGGUUCUAAUCGCUUUCGACCGAAGAGUGUUGGAUGCAAGUCGAAGCUCACAAGCGAGACCUUGGAUCUGA